CUUCACAACGAUAAACGAACGUCUUCACUCGAGUCGGUAGGGAGUAGGACAGACGAGGAAUUAAAAGGCGAAAAAGAGACAUAGUAGGAACAAGAGGGGCUGGACCACGCCUAGCCUACGCCGCCUAUCGUAGCUUGCUCCCCUCCGACUUGUGCUCCUCCGGCGUUAGGAGUUGAGUCGAUCGCAGCUAGCAACCGCAGCCGCAGCCGCAGCGUCAGCACCAGCACCGACAGCAGCGCCCCCGACGUCUUCUGAAUUGGGCAGGCGCCUUGGCAAGGCAAGCUGAGCCCGCUCACGGACCUCCUCGGCGUAUAUUCCUUUCUUCCCAAAUUUCUUCUCCCUCCCUCUUUUCUUCUUCUUCUCUUUCUUCGCUCCUUCGCAUCCCUGCCACUCCCUGCCACUCCCUGCCCCUUCCAGCCCUACUUCAUCAAAACAACGCGGCGUUGGGCGCUGAUAAGCACGAUGGACAUCUUCGCUUCUUCUGCCUCCCCCUCCCUCUCUACGGCAACCUCGCCAGGCCCCAUCAGCCUGGCUGCGACGCACUACCGCCAGAAGCACCAACGCUACUCGAACGCUUCGUCGCCCAGGAUGCAAGACUUUGAUGAAGAUUGGGACGAGGCCACCGUCUACUUUCCCACCUUUGCGCGUAGAGGCUCACAGCAGGCGCCGCCCAGCCUCGAAUCGGGCUUCCUCAGCGGCAAUGAGCUGUUUGAGCACGACGACGCCACCGCGAGCGAGGCUCGCUCGUCGCAGAAGAGGCUCAGCACGGCCGACUUGGCCAUGAUCUGGGACGAGGAGGACAGGGACGACGACCACCGCGACUACGACGAGGAAUACGACGAUGAAGAGGCCGAAGACGACGACGACGACGACGAGCGAGCAUCAUCAGAGGGAGACGCCGUGAGGGAGCGACCGUCGGCGCACACAUCUCGUCGCACGUCCAACUGCUCUGCCUCGACUGCGGCCACGAGCGUGUCUACCUCGACUAUGUCGCCAACGCUUGCCUUUGCGCGUCGCCCGUCCAACUGCGUUGGCUCGCCCCCCAACGCCCAGCUCAGGAGGUCUGGCCAGCCGGCCUCUGCGGCGACUACGACGGCGACCGCACCCACGACUAGCACCCGGAUCGUCCCGCCUCUCUCGCCCAGGCAGACGCAGGCGGCACUUCGCCGUGACAUCAGCAUUCACUCUGCGCUCUCACUCCAUGCCGGUGGAUCUCUGUCGACGGCGUCGAGCAACAGCAGCGCCAUCAGUGGAGGCAAUACCGGUCGCUCCGUCAGCCCUCGCAGCGCUCGUUCGACGCCUCCCACCCCUCGCAGCAUCACCGAGGACGGGCCUGCCACGGCGGUUGCGACAACUACGACGACAGCGGGAGCAGCAACAGUGACGACGAACAGCAGCCGUGAGACACUCAAAGAUGCAGGCAAGCUCCAUCGCAGUCCCACGCUGCCCAAGACGAGGCACGACGGCAAAGCCAAAGCAGCACUUGCCAACCCGGCGACGGUGGCCUUUACCGCAGCUGAGCUCAUCGCUGGUCGCAAGCGCAGCUCCACCGGUCCGCCUGCCUAUGCCUCGUCCUCCACGACUCCCCCCAUGAUCCGGGCCAAGUCGGACUUGAUCGUGGGCCAGCGCCAGCACCGUCCUCGCCAGCCGGCUCAGGCUCAGUCCAACGCACGCGAACCGUCUCCCAUCCCGUCGCCGCCAGCCAGACCGAGCGGCCUGACGCCUUCGCCAAGCCGCCCUGCCAAAGCGACGACGACGGUCGAAUGGCAAGAGCCUUCGAUCCUCCGAAGGCACACCUGCAGCCAUCCCCAGCGGGCGUCCAGGGCCAUUCACGUUCUCCGUCGGUCCUCCAAGGGUGCAACACCGGUCGACCCGCGACCCUGAAUGACCCACCGUCGUUGUCGCUCAAUCUCCUUCACUACGCACGCUCUCCGUCCUCUACAUCUCUGCAAUCAUCGUCCUGUUCCGUCACAUCUCACUCACAAGAAUCGUCUCAAUCAUCACACACUCACAUACACACUUCAAUCAAGGCUCUCAUCAUUCUUCUUCAUCUCUACUUCUUUCGCUGUUAAUCGGUCUUAACCUUCGUCUCUCCUUGUAU